AUGGUCUACCUACCGCCGCCACAUCUUGCCACGGCGUCUACCAAGUCGUAUGCAGAGGCGUACAACCAGAUACUCGCGACCCACCGACGCUCGCCUCUCACCUCCGCCUCCUCUGUCAUCGUCCUCGUUGCCCCUGACGUGGACGCGAUAUGCGCGGCUCGGAUGCUAGCAGAUCUGCUCAACCAGGAUGAUGUUAUGCACAGAUUAGUACCAGUGUCUGGUAUUGCGGACCUUGAGAAACGGCGCGACGAACUCCUCACUUAUAACGAGCUCCACACUCUCAUACUUCUAAACAUGGGCUCGAUAUUGGAUCUUCCGUCUCCGGAGUGGUUUGGCGAAUUUGACCCGAAGCUUACUGUUCAUGUGAUCGACUCUUCAAGGCCUCAGAACUUGUCAAGUCUGUUCGGCGCCGGGGAGAAUGGGGACCGGAUAGUGAUCUGGGAUGAUGGAGAGGCCGAGAAGCUUGGGGAUGAACGGAAAGCAUGGGAGGCCUUGACUUAUGAGCCCGAGCCAGACUCAGACGACGACGGUUCUGACGUCGACUCUGAUCUCGGAGGUGAUGAAUCAGAGGAAUACGAGCAAGAUCAAAGCGAGGAAGGCACUCCGACGCGGAAGCGCAAGUCCCCGGCGGACACAUCGCGGCGAAAGCGGCAGAAAUUAGACGAUCCCGAUAGACCAAAACGGAUGACUCGAGACGAACGAGAUCUGUAUUCUGCGCGUUUACAGAAACACUACAUGACGGGAACUUGGUUCGGGCAGAGUGCAGCGGGCACAAUGUACAUCCUGGCGACCGUUCUGGAACGCGUCGAUAAUGAUCUAUUAUGGUUGGCGAUUCUCGGGCUCACGUACCAGUACACGACAUCACGCAUAUCAAGAGAUGAAUACGAAAAAUAUCAUUCAAUAUAUUACGACGAAGUUUUCCGACUUAAUCCACCCCUACCCGCCGUCACCCUCGGAACAUCACUGGCGACAAGCCCUGACGAUCACUCAUUACGAGCAACAGAGGAACUACGUUUUAUGCUCUUUCGGCACUGGAAUCUCUAUGACGCUAUGUAUCACUCAAGCUAUGUCGCCAGUAAACUCGGCAUCUGGAAGGAACGAGGACGGAAACGUCUGAGUGGUUUGCUCGCCAAGAUGGGAUUCUCCAUACCACAAACUCAGCAGCCAUAUUCCCAUAUGGACAUGGACUUGAAGAAACAGCUAACGUCUAAACUCGAGGCCAUCGCUCCGGAAUAUGGCAUGAUCGAACUUUCAUAUCCGUCCUUCAUGCGAUGUUACGGGUACCGGUCACAACCCUUGUCCGCGUCGGACUCGGUCGAGGCCAUUUCAGCGCUUUUGGAUGUUGCAGGGGUGCGGAUGGAGGUCGAAAUCGAGGGGCACCGGAACGGCGGCGAGUGGUUCGGUGGAGGCAAAGUCUGGGACGGCGCCAAGGAGGGCAAGUACCGAGACGAAGACCGAGAGAAUGUCCCUCCAGGAGGUCUCAGCGCAGUGGACUCGGAGAAGGCCGCGGUGGACGGCUGGAUGCGUAACUUCUGGGCCGCAUAUGACGCCUUGACCGACGUAACCCGGCUCAGGGAUGCCCUGCCGCUCGCGAUGUCGCUCCAUCGGGCGAUCAUACGGCAAGGAUCGUCCAUCAUCGAUAAGCAAGACAUCCGCACGAUGCGGGGGCACCGGGUGGUCGUGCUCUCUCAAGGCCCGGACCUCCACCUCUUCUCGUACCCAGGCGUGCUAUCGCGGCUCGCCCUCUGGCUCGUGGAAGCGCUCCGCGAGCGCGUGCCGGCAACCACGACCUCGAACGGGCGGAAGAAGCGGAAGAGCCUGCCAUUCGUAGUCGCCUGCCUGAACGAGAAGGAGCAGACGUAUCUGGUGGUCGGCGUCACGGCGGCGCUCGACUUCGGCGACGUCCGGAAAAACGAAUUCGGUCUGGCCUUCUUGGACGCGAAGGAGCGCUGCAACGCGCGGACGAGGCAUGGUUCGUUUGACACGAGCAUAUUGGAAAUCAAUAAAGCCGACCUCAACGUGUUCUUGGAAGCCUUGUGCGAGGAAGCGGAAGGGUACUGA